AUGCGGGCCCGCGCGACGCUGUGCGUCCUCGCGACGGCGCUGCUCUUCGUCGGCGGCGUCGCCGCGCAAGAAUGCGACGCGACGGACACGCUGUGCCACCGCGCGAAAGCCGCGGCGGCGAGCGCGCCCCCGAAGAUGAUCCCGGACGACGCGCCAGAUCUGUCGUCCCCGCCUCGUCCGACGAAGACGGCCGAAGACGACCCCUCGCCCCCCGAACCGUCGUCGACGCGCGUUGCCUCGUGCGCCGUCUGCGAGGCGGCGCUCACGGAGCACGCGGCCGCGGUGGACGACCUCAGCGCGGAGCUGACGUCGAUGAAGGCGUCCGUCGCGGACGCGGAAGCGCGCGUUUUGGCGGCGACGAAGCGCGCGGAGGAGGAGGCGUCCGCCGCGUCCGCGGCGUCGACGGAAGAGGCGACGACGCGCGCGAGCGAGAAGAUCGCCGCGCUGGAGCGCCGGAUCCUCGAGGAGCGCGACGCGCACGCGACCGAGCUCUCCGCGCUUCGAGAGCAGCACGCGGUCGCGGCCGCGGCGGCGGAGGAAGCGCGCGCGGAGGCGGAGGCGGCCGCGAAGGCGGAGGAGGAGGCCGAGGCUUCGAGCGGAGCGGAGGGCGAAGAAGAUCCGUGGUUCCCGCCGUGGGUGCGUCGCAGAGCCGCCCACGCGACGGAGCACGUCGUCGGCGCCGCGGGGUUCGCGAAGCAAAACGCGCGCGCGCUCCUGGCGUACGUCGGCGUUCUCGAGCAGGCGGACGAGGUCUUCGCUUUCAUCGCGACGAAAGCGGCGCCGCACGUCGAGACGGGAAAAUCGCUCGCGAUCGCCGCGUGGGGCAAACUUCGCGAGCUCUUCGAGCACGUCGUCGAGACGUUCGCGAAGGCGCGUCGGAACCUCGGGUUCCUCUGGGAGCACGUCCAGAAGUCCGGGCGCGCGCGCAGGGAGUACGAAGCCCGCAAGGGCGGCUGGGACGUCGACGAGGGCCCGCCGAGGAAGAGCCGCACGACGGCGGAGUACUGGUCGCGGCAGGGCGCGAGGGCGGGCGAGCUCGGCGAGGAGGCGCUGGAGUGGUCGCGCGCCGCGUGGAAGAGACUCCGCGGGUGGUGGACCGGCGCGAGCGCGAGCGCGUCCGAGAAGGCUGCGUUCGUGCGGGAUAACGUGCGCAGGCGCGCGACGCCGAAGAUUGUCCGGUUUAAGGCUGCGAUCGCGAAGCUCUCGCUGCCGCUCGCGGGCGCGGUGGCGACGCGAUGGCCGACGCUCCCCGCGUGGUUCCUCCGCCGCGCCGGGCCGCUUCCGGAGAAGUAUUCACUUGACCCGGCCGAGCUCGCGAAGCCGAUGGCGGAGGUCUUCUUCUGGAUCCUCGUCGCGAUGGGCGCGUCCUCGAUCGUGUACUGGACGGUGUUCCGGACGACCCCCGGCGACUCGCUGCCGGACGACGCGGAGUUUGAGAUCGUGCAUCUCCCCGCCGACGACGGCACGUUCGUCGGGCGCGUCGUCGGCGGCGGCGUGGACGUGCUCGUGACGCUGCCGGACGUGCAGACCGCGGAGCAGUGCGAGAUCAUGGUGUCCCUGAACGAGGUCCGCGUGAAGGCGCUGGACGGGUACCACGACGUCAAGAUCGAGAUCCCGAGCGAGGCGCGGGGGCGGUGGAACGCAGACGAGGGCGGCAAGUGGAGGAAGAGCGCGACGUUCGACGUCCGAAAGGGCGUCUUGAAGAUUCGUCUGCGGCCGCCGACGCCCGCCGCGGAGGCGAACGGCGCGGUGAACGCGGCCGAGAUCGAGGCUGGCGUCGCGGCGAUGAAGAUCAAGGGCGGCGGCGGGAGGGACGGCCCGGCCGCGGCGGGGAAGCCGCCGCUGUCGCCGCCGCCGCCGUUUUCGCCGCUGGUGCCGUCGGACAAGACCCCGGGGGUGAAGAGCCCGACGCCGCCGGCGGCGGCGGCGGCGGAGAAAACGUCGGAGAUUCUCCCGAAGCCGAAGAUCCCGACGAAGGCGAAGAAGACGCGCGCGGCGAAGGCGGCCGCGGCGAAGGCGGGGGGGGGGUAA